UGUAAUAAUGUUCGUGAUUUAAAUGGAUUAAAACUAUGAGAAUAGUUGUAUAAAAUGUAUUUAAAGUAUUGUAUAUCGAUCUGUUAUAGUGGUUGGCUUAACGAUAUUAAAUACACUUGAAUUGGCGAAAAAAACAAUAACAAUUGAUCACGUGGCGGAUUGUUAAAAUCACAUGACUUCAAAAUGGCGUGAAGUGUAAACAUUGGCGAUUUGUACACACUGACAGAUCAGUCGCCUUCCUGCAAGUGGCCAUGUUGGACAUUGCGAAUGUUCUUGCCGUAGUGCUGCUGCUAACCAGUGUCCGAGGGCUGGAGAAUGGACUGGCUAGAACCCCACCCAUGGGAUGGUUGUCAUGGACACGGUUUGGCUGUAACAUAGAUUGUGACAGCGAUCCCGACUUUUGCAUCAGUGAGAAGUUGAUCAUGUCCAUGGCAGACCGUCUGGCGUCGGACGGGUACAAAGCCGCCGGGUAUGAGUACGUCUGUAUCGAUGAUUGCUGGCUAGCGCCCGAAAGAGACAUCUUCCACAGGCUGCAGCCGGACAAGCGGCGCUUCCCACAUGGAAUGAAGUACCUCGCGGAUUAUGUCCAUUCGAAAGGUUUGAAGCUAGGCAUUUACGAGGAUUUCGGCACGAAGACGUGUGGAGGUUAUCCGGGAAGUGAGUUCUUCCUCCAACUCGAUGCCAAGACGUUUGCAGAGUGGGGGAUUGACCUGCUGAAGUUUGACACGUGUCACUCGGACGCUCACGAUAACAAAUACGGGUACCCCGCCAUGUCUAUGUAUCUGAACCAGACAGGAAGACCCAUACUGUUUUCAUGCGAGUGGCCGUACGGAGAGCUGCAACAGAAUCUGUCGUCUGACUACGGUCCGGUUCGUGAGACGUGCAAUAUCUGGCGGAACUUCUGGGACGUUUCAGACCACUUUGACAGCGUGAAGAGCAUUGUGGCCAACUACGGCAAGAACAACGCCCUCUUUCAGAAAUACUCGGGGCCAGGGGGAUUCUUCGAUCCGGAUAUGAUCUUAGCGGGUGGAUUCGGAAUGUCCUCGUAUCAGCAGCGAGCCCAGAUGUCUAUGUGGGCGAUGUUGUCGGCGCCCCUGUUUAUGUCCAACGAUCUACGGGACAUCUCCCCAGACGCCCGUCGACUGCUCCUUAACCCCCUCCUCUUAGCUGUCGACCAGGAUCCGAUGGGCAAAAUGGCUACAAAACUGUGGGAGUUUAACAACCUGCAACUGUGGGUGAAGCCGAUAGUGCCCGAGGGGAGCCUGGCCGUGACAUUCCUUAACACCAAUAACUUCGGGAGCGGGUCCCCAAUCUCCAGCACCGCUGACUCCCUGGGACUCACGGACUCCCGGGGAUACAAUGUGACUGAAGUGUUUACCGGAAAAAACCUCGGUGUACUCAAGCCAACUUCAGUUAUAAAGACCCGCGUGUUUCCGACUGACGCCUAUAUGAUUGUUUGUAUAUUGAUGGCCUGAUAGACCUUUGACGUUUUUUUAAUACUAAUAGAAAGCGAAAACUAAGAGAAAUUGAAAAGACAUAUUGUAUAGAAAACGAUAAGUAAGAGAAAUUGAAUAGACAUAUUGUUUUGCCUAUUACAUGAAAAGUAUACACGUAUAGCAUUAAUCUCAGUAGCGUAUUGCAGCAUUGUGUAUGUUUACCAUCCAUGGACAUAGUAUUUUGAAAGUUCAUUCUUUUCAUGAUAAUACUAUACCAAUUUCUCCACUUCCUUACAUUGAUUAUAUAAUGUAUCUUAACUCGCGCUAAUCUUUUGCUUCCCAUUGCCCUUUUAUAUACGUAUUCGAAUUUUGUUUUCAUGGAAACCUACUUGUAUAUGCCAUGUACAUUCCACGUAUUUCACGUUCACAAUUGUUAUUUUGUAUACAUGUCAUGCAUAAAAUACUACUGUAAAUAUCACUCAUUCACUAUUACAUGUUAAAGUCUCAUAAAAUCAGUUUAUAGAUAUUACACUUUGAUAGUAGUUUAAAUAAUGUGUAUACUACUUUAAUGAUGAAAUAAAUCGUUCGAAUUCUA